CUUCUCUCGCCUUUUCCAGGCGUCUGCAGCUUGUGUCUGUGAGGUGCGGCUGUGCAAGGAGUACGGUGGUGAGGUCGUUGCUGGAGCUGGAUGCCCUUCAGCACCACUACCACUCGAUUAGCAUGACGCCGUCCCUCACGCUCCCCCUGUGGCGCCGCAGCCCCUCCCUCCGCCUCAUCACGCUGCGGCUGAUCAGAUCGCUCCUCGACCUCAACGCCACCCAGACAACGCCCCUCUUCACGCAGAGCAUCGUUCCUGCCCUUGCAAGGGAAUCUCUCACCAAAGGUGAGGGAAGCAGCCUGAGGGGAGACAGACAGUGGCGGCGGAAUGCUGACGCUCCCUCUGCGUGUUGUGGUCUUGGCGUUGGGUGCAGGCAUGUAUCCGUCAUAUGCGCGGGCGGCGGUGUCGGUGGCUGUGUGCAAGGAGACGGGCGUCGUGGGGCGACGGCCGGAGUAUCUGCUUAUCCGCAGGGGCAAGGAGCCCAGCAAGGGCAAGGUGAGUGAGAUGGACGCCGGACACCAGAGAGAGCGGCAGGCAGCGAGGCAACCGGCGUGUUGCACUGUGCGUUGGUCGUCUUGUUCAGUGGUCAUUGCCCGGCGGGAAGAUUGACCUGGGCGAGACGACUUUGGAGGCGGCUGCGAGAGAGCUCAAGGAGGAGACUGCACUCAACAGCACCGGUCGGCAACACACCACACACACCGAGGUCGCUUCACCACUCGACUCUGUCUCUCUGUUCUGCGGUUGUUGGCUACGUACAGAUGUGAAGCUGUAUCCUGAUUCGUUCUACUCGAGUGACGCCAUCUGCUUCGACAGCCGCCACAGGUGCAAGUACCACUACCUCAUCUCCACGGUAACCAACCAACACACACACUCACACACAAAACAAUACAACUGCUCCCUCCCUGCAAACCAUGAGUAUUCUUGUCUUGUCUCUGUUCCAGUUCUACGGCUGGGCUUCCCGCGACGCCAAGCCCAGGCCCAUGGACGAUGCGCUCGAGGCCGCAUGGUUCACCAAGGCCGCUCUUGACGACCUCCACAAACACGGCAUGGUGGACGAGGCCGUCAUCCACGCCAUCGAGAGAGGCGAGAAGCUCCGCCAGUCCGGAUGCCUCGACCGGUCCCGCGCAGUCGCCGUCGAGCCCACCUCCAGCCAUGCAGAGACCCCGACUGACCCCAAGGGCGCAGAUGAGACGGCAGCACCUUUAUCACUCUUCUGGCGGUCACCUGAGCGAUGGCGGGCGGCGUUUCGACACCAGCAACGCGCAAGCCGACGGCAGAGUAGCAAUGGAAAGAGGGUGUCUAGUGACAAUGACAAUGGGACGAUUUUUUGGGGGGGCAGCAAUCAGGGGAGGCGGCAAUCACAGCUGUACACGUACUGAGUGAGAACACACAGGGGUCGGGUCGCAUUUCUCGUGUGCCGUGUGGGUGGUGUGGUGAGCAGCGGUCCCUCGCUACCGAAGGGCGAGGAUCCGCUCUCGCCAACGCAAUCCCGCAGUUCAUGAGAAGUGCACCCUGACGGGAUGGAAGGGGAGGGGUUUCGUGUUCUUGUGCUGUGCAGUGGCGCUGUAUGUAUGGUUGUGUCUAUGUGUGUAUGUGUGAUGUGUGUGUAUGCGGGAGCAUGCAAUGUGGCGCAAUGGGUAGGGCUUUGCUCUGUAUCUACCUGAUGCUGGGGAGGGCCUGCGGGUUAUUGGGCCACGUCGG